GCCUGCGUGACAUCUUCGGAAACUGAACAUGCGAUAUCGCUCUCCACUACUGAUCACAACCUCACUACAUGGUCUGAAGUUUCCCAUGCCAUUUGCUGCGCUUGAGCGUAGGUACGAGCGCAAAUUAUGUCGUUUGGUGUCAGCCCGCUCGAUGUUGUUGAGUUGGUGAAGUAUUCUACCCGCAUUUACGUUGCUUUUAAAGAUACGAAAUAUAACUCUGCGAGCGAGACAGAGGCUCUUAUUAAAGAGUUCACGACUUUGCAUCAUUGUCUCAUCCAGCUUGACGAGUUGAUGAAGGAGUAUGGCAAGCCGUUGCCCUUCCCAGGUCUUGACUUCUAUGAGACUCUCCACAAAUGCGAAAAGACCCUUAAGCCUUACACAAACAAUCAUGUCGACAACGAAAAGAUGCCGGUAGAGAGAUUCACGUACACAAUUAAGCAUAUUGGGAAGGAGACAGAGCUUGAUGAGCUCAGGAAGAAACUCAUUGGAAAUUACCAGGCGCUGCAAAUGUGCAUAAGCUUCUUACAGCUGCAGAUGUACUCCAAUUAUGCCCUUGACCCCAGUUCAGAAGCUAAUCGCAAUGCUCUUCCUGCACCAUCCGAGGCUGAGAAGCUCUACAAGGACUGGGUUAUUUUCAAUCGCUCCCUUCAAAAUGUAGACCAGAGGAUGGCUUAUGAGCGUGAAAGCCUCUCAAGACCACUACCGCUUGGAGACACUCCUACGAAUGCUCCUGGCGGGGACGCUGAAACUGUCAUGACCCUGUUUCAUCUUCGGAGAGAGCUUGAAGAUGCGAUUGUGAUUGAGGAGAACGAAGCGAAAAGGGUCACCGUGGAGAAUCGAACGAAUCUUUUGCCGGGCGAUGCGAUACUCCAGGAGGUCAGAGAGACGCCUUUCGUUCCUGCACGGACGUUUGGGUUGGAUCUCGGUAUGCCCCUGUCUGCUUUAAGCAAGCUUGAAAUGAACGACUCGACUACGGCAGUUCCGCCCGUACCCACAACAUCAUCCGGUGUCUCUCCAAGUGGGGACCCACAAAUCGAACAAGGACAAUACACCGCCGUUAAUUGGGGAAAACUCUCUCUGGACCCUAGUCGGACUCCUGUUUCUAUAGGCUGUAGCGAUCUCAGCACUAUGAUCCCCGAACCUGGUCUUAGUGAUUUAGGGAGAGGUGCAGACGGCCUAACCCCUGAAGACGACCCUUUGAGGCCCAAGUUUUCUAUAUCUCGUCGAGCAACUCCAUCCACUGGAGACGGUGCACUUGAAUGGAGAAAGUUGUGCAGAAAUGUUCAAGUAGAACGCAGAACAAGCAAAGGGGUUGAGAGCAAGGAGUGUGAUGUGCAUUGGCGGUAUCGAGAGGACUAUGGGUUGAGCUUACGAUCGGUGUAUCGGGUCAAUAUGACUAAAAAGGCACAGGUUUGGAUAACCCAGCAGUUCCCCGCGACAGGCCCUUCAAUUCCCCUCACAACGAGCUACCCUGAUGGAGAAAUAUCAAUUGGCUUUCCGAGACGCUCUUUUGGACGUCUCGAGAAGAGAUACACUGACAUCAUGUAUACUUUCAGCGACCAAGAAUCCUCGACGUGCUUCCAAACUUUUUUGUACACAAACAACGGCAAGGAUAAGGCAGAUUUGCUCUUCGAUCGACCCAUUCUCACCAUUUCUUCUGAUAAGAACAAGCCGGAGUGCCGUCAGAAAAACAUUAGGCUGUGGAAACGUAGCGAAAAGCAUCAAGAUCUCGAUGGGAUCAAAAAUGUUGAUAUCUUGGUCUUACUCUUCUAUACCAGCGCAUUACCAGAAGAUCGGUCCCAUUGGGUUGAGGAACCUCACUACGCCUUUCAACAGCUAGACAAUUCCAUCUAUAAGAGGAAUAGCAGGAAGCUUGAAUUGCUCUUUUUAAAUGAGCCGGCAAAGCGGUUUCGAAGGCUCUUUAAGAAGAGGGCAGGUUCCGGAGGCGUCGAAAGAAGUGGCGAAAAUCCUGGCACCCCUACGAGGAUGAACAAAGGGGCAUCCGGAGCGCUAUCUUCGUCCAUUUCCAUCAAAUCAUCAAAUUCAGAGCUAUUUGAGUUACCGAUUCGCACCCGUAAUCUCAACCGGUUCGGGUUCUCCAAGUUUGAUAUUGAAUUCCAGAGUAAGAAGGAUAGGAGUGAGUUUUUGGCCAUAUGGAAGCAUUUCACGAAACCA